AGCGCAGAAAGCCAGGGAGUAAGGCGGAAAGGGGUGGGUGGUUGCGCUGAGCAAUAUUCGGGUUGCUCCUGCUGGCCGCAGGAGAUAACUGAAUGCUCCGCAUGCGUGUUUCGUUUUGGGAUUCUUGCCUUAGUUUUUGUUCAAAAAGGGAAUAAAGCAAAACUAGCUAUGGCUCUGGCGCUGCUGCUGCUACCCAGGAGGAGCCGAAGUUUCCUGCCCCUUGCAGGGGACCUGAGAGGAGCCGUUGAUCUCUGCAUGAUCAGAGGUACGGGACGUCUUCUCUGCCAUACUGAACAGCCAUCAGCCACUGACAGCCUCACUGGAAAAGAAAAGUAUUACCCAUUAUAUCCAGGACACAUCCCCACCAGUCCUCUGCAGAAAGGCCUGCUGGCAGCUGGCUCAGCGUUCAUGGCUCUCUACAAUCCCUACCGGCAUGAUAUGGUGGCCGUCCUCGGGGAGACAACAGGGUACCUAGCUCUGAGAAACCUCAGGGAGAGGAUGAGGAAUGACCCAGAGGGAUAUCGGAUCCUACAAGAACGGCCUCGGAUACGCCUCUCCACAUUAGAUAUCUGUGGACUUCGGGGGCUUCCAGACGGGACCUUUGGCCGAGAGUAUGUCCGGUUUUUGGAUGAUAAUAGCAUCUCUCCAGACACCAGGAUGCCUCCCAAGUUUGUAGAUGAUGAAGAAUUGGCCUAUGUGGUCCAGCGGUAUAGAGAGGUCCACGAUCUGAUGCACACCCUUCUUGGCAUGCCCACCAAUAUGCUCGGGGAAGUCGUGGUAAAGUGGUUUGAGGCAGUCCAGACUGGCCUGCCCAUGUGCAUUCUGGGAGCAGCAUUUGGCCCACUCCGCCUUAACGCCUGGAAGCUGCGCGUUCUGACCACUGAGCUCAUCCCAUGGGCUGUUCGGAGUGGAAGCAGCAUCAACUGUAUCCUGAAUUUCUAUUACGAGGAGCGCUGGGAGCAAACCGUGGACUCCCUUCGCCACGAAAUCGGUAUCCUGCCACCUCCAGCAAUUCCGGUGUAAAUUUGUGCUGGGGAAAAUGGGGGAAAGGUCACUGGCAGGCAUCGAGGAAGCAGCAGAUGAAGUAGAUUUAGGGUCUCGGAAGUUAAACCACAGCUUGCCUUGGAUCAGCUGAGCAGCCACCGUUUGGCCAACCAAAAAGUUUAUUAAUUCAGUCGGCAGCAUGUUCUGCAUUUUUCCUGCCACUCCAAGAAGAUAAUUUAAAAUGCUAAUACAGUGUUUAAAAACACAAAGCCUCUUCAGUCAUUUAAACAGCAGUGAAAUCACUGGGAGAAGGAAAUUUGAAACCCUGAAAACUCCGCCGGAGAAGAGGCCUGGAAUGCUAAAUGGUGGAUUGUACAUAAAUGCACAGCAGCCCAGCAAGGCGGAUUCUUGGCAUAUUCCUUUGUGAUAGACCAGGGAUGGGGUAUUUGCUGCCUUGCGGGCCU